GAUAUAACAAGAGAGAGAGAGAUCAAAUGAGAGCGAAACAAAAAACAAAAGAAUCUGAAACUGCCACCGUCUUCGUUGUCUUCUUCUCUGCGUAAUCUCCAUCUUCUUCGUCUUCUUCUUUUUUUUUUGGUUAAAAUUCUUCUUCUUCUUCUUUUUCCUCUUCUCUUUUUUCCGGCCGAAACGUAACCGACUCAUACCGCACAAUGGGUACUGGUUGGCGACGAGCCUUCUGCACCACCGCGCCGAGGAACAGCGAUGCCGCAGCGCCGCCGGAUUCUGACAAGCGACACGGCGUCUACACAUCGAGCCCGAGCCGGAGCCCUAGCCCUCGGAGCUGCGUGAGGCUCGCGUUCCUCUCCGGAGGAAGUAACCCAUCGACUCCACGGCCGGGUUCGAGUCCUAACCUCCGGGGUCGGACCGCCGAAGCCGGCGAGGCUCCCGCGGCGGAGGAAAACCCAGAGCCGCCGCUUCACUGCAAAACCACCACACCUAGAUCGUCUUCGAAGAGCUCUAACCCGUCUUCGCCUCGGUCGCCAUUGAAGCUCUCUCUGUUCCGCAACAGCUUCAAAUUCAGAAGUAGCUGCGGGAUUUGCUUGAACAGUGUGAAGACAGGGCAAGGAAAGGCGAUUUACACGGCGGAGUGUUCGCACGCGUUUCAUUUCCCUUGCAUCGCCGACUAUGUUCGUAAGCAUGGAAAGCUUGUUUGCCCAGUCUGUAACGCUGUUUGGAAAGACGCUUCUCUCCUGAAUUACGGAAAUGCCACUGACCUUCCUUCGGGGAACGACACCGUCUCGACGGCGCCGGAGAUUCAGGAGAAGCGCGUCGUCGGAUCUUCUCCGAGAUCGGUGGCGAGACCGAAGCCUUCGGAGUCCAGAUUCUACGACGACGACGAACCGUUGCUCUCGCCGAGGUUUGUUCCGAUUCCUGAGGCUGAUGAAAACGACGACGGCGUCGAGUUCGAGGGAUUCGUGGUGGAUCCCAAACCAUCGUUCGCGGUCAAGUUCCACGAGGCUCCAUUCAACGGUGGGGAUUUCGGGAAUGUGCAGGUGAGGCUGUUACCGGAAUCGGCAGUCGUCUCCGUCGGGUGCGGCUACCAGACCCACGCGGUUACUUUGCGUGUGAAGGCGCCGCCGGCAAGAGGCGGGAAAGCGACGGCGCUUCUGGAUGCGUGCCAUCGUUCGCCGGUGGAUCUCGUCGCCGUAAUCGAUGUCGGCGGGAACGUGAACGCCGAGAAGCUCCAGAUGAUGAAGCGAGCAAUGAGGCUGGUGAUCUCGUCGCUUGGCUCCGCGGAUCGUCUCUCCAUCAUCGCCGUUAAGAGGCUUCUCCCACUGAAGAGGAUGACGGAGCAAGGCAAACGCGCCGCGAGGCGCGUGGUCGACACGCUCCUUACCGGCACCAGCGCCGGCGACGCGUUGAGGAAAGCGACGAGAGUGCUCGAGGACCGGAGAGAGAGAAACCCACUCGCCAGCAUCAUACACUUAUCAUCCGACGGUCAGGAUUUAACCAGAUCCCAACCGCAAAGUCAUCGGUCCAGAUAUUGCCACGUGGCAUCAACCCAGUUCGCACACAUCGAAAUCCCGGUUCUGGACCACGGUUUCGGCGAAAACGGCGGUUUAUGCAGCCGCGAACCGGCGGAGUUAGCGUUGGCCGAGUACGUCGGCGGUCUGCUCAGCGUCGUAGUCCAGGAUCUUCGGAUACAAAUCCGGGUCGGAUCCGGAUCCUCUCCGUGCGAAAUCUCAGCCGUUUAUCUCUGCAAUGGACGGCCCACGUUGGCCAGCUCUGGAUCCGGAUCAGUCCGUCUCGGCGACCUCUACGCCGACGAGGAACGCGAGCUUCUCAUUGAGCUCCGAGUCCCGACGACGACGACGGGUGGAUCCCACGCGCUGUCUGUACGAGGCCUCUACAAAGAUCCGUUGACACAGGAGGUCGUGUACGGGAGAGACCAGAGCCUCCGGGUCCCUCGAGCUGUGCGAUCGUCGUCUCCGGCGAUCCAACGGCUGAAGAACCUCUUCAUCGCGACGCGCGGGGUGGCGGAGUCGCGGAGGCUGGUGGAGCAAGGCGAGUUCGCGAGCGCGCACCAUCUGCUGGCGUCAGCGCGUGCGCUUCUCUCGCAGUCGGUUGCGGCGGAGGAGCACGUGAGGGGGGUAGAGGCGGAGCUGGCUGAGGUGCAGUGGCGGAGGCAGCAGUUGAUGGAGUAUCAGAUCCAACGGCGGAGAGAGACGGCGAUGGUAUUGACGGACGAAAACGGAGAGCCGUUAACGCCGGCGUCGGCGUGGAGGGCGGCGGAGAAGCUGGCGAAAGUGGCGAUGAUGAAGAAGUCGUUGAGUAACGACUUACACGGCUUCGAGAACGCUAGAUUUUAAUUUUUUUUUAAAUUUAAUUUUAAAAGUUUAUUAAGGGAAUAUAAUUGUUAUUAUUUUAUUUAAAAAAAGGUGCUCAGGACCUAGAAGCAGACAGACGGCGCGGCCCCGGGGAAUGUCAAUCGGGCCGGCCCGAAUCCGCAUUUAAUGUUAAACGUUAUCAAAUUCGAA